CUCCCAUCACAUACGGCAUGUGCCUAUACAUAUAUUGCUGCUAACUUAUUUGAAACACCCUUUGAUAGCGAUAAAAUGAGGAGUUCAAUAUGGUUGAAGUCAUGGAAAAAUGGCAGAGACCAAAACGCGCGCAUGACCAUGAUCAUUUCCUUUUGGUGCUCGACUUUAUGCGACACUUCUUUCUAAAUGCGUGCGAACCACCUACGAAACUUCAACAGUACGCCUGUAGACAGAGCGGAAAGAAGGGAAAAUUUGACCAUCUUAAGGACCUCCCGGAAGGAUUAGUCGAUUUCUUAAUAAGUGGGUCAAUGUGUAUUUGAGUACAUUACUUUCAAUAACUGAUUUAGGUUUCAUCCUUGACGCUCUUGGCCUACACCGCGACCAGCUUUUGAGGACGCCAGAUGAGCACAAACGGAAUCCAAAUAAGUGGUGGUUGGACUUGGCCGAAAAUGACGACGCUCGCGAAAGAUUAUUCCACGUCCUCUCAGAGAAAAGAGUAAUCUGGAGCGGUAAAGCGAGGAUAGCAAUUGGGAGAGCUUUGGAAGACCUUCGAAGGUAUCAUUUUGACCCUGAUAGGGCCAUGCUCCUUCCAUCAAAGAAAAAGCGUGUCAUGGUCGAAGGCAGCACUGUAACUAAAGAAGACGAAGUGAUCCAGAAGACUGAAACCUUCGAAGACGAAGUUGAAGUAGUCGAAGACUGA